AAAUUAAGUCCUGUAAUGCUUGACGAAGUCCUAUAAUGCUUGUUUUCUGAGAGGUCAUUUGGUUGAGGAUUUGUUCUUCAACCUCGAGGUACUCGAUUUGAGACCCAGUAUCGAGACGAAGUCCUAUGAUAAAAACAAAAGAAAAAUUAGGAAGUAUUUAAAAAGCUUUCUUGCCAUUCUCACACUCUCCCCCACUAAGAAACAAAACAAAGAGCAAUGUUUGUCUUUGCUAAGGCAUGUUUGGAUUCUAGCAAACCUAGAGAAUAUUAAAAACUCUUAGGCCAGCCUCGAUUCCCUAUCCACCUAAUGUAAAGACAAAAGAAAACAUCUUAAUUGGAAGUUUUUUUUAGAAAAGAAACAAAAAUUUUGUAGAGAGAGAAAAGACAGUUUUAUAGACAUAAAGACAGAAACAACCUAGAGUCACACUCUCACCAAUUCCAUACUCCACUCACUAAUUACAUACAACAAAACAAUAAAGACAAAAUGGACCCUUCAACACAAGGUUGCCAUGAUCAACAUCCUUGAAUAAGCAACCUCAGUCCAAACAUUGAAUUCCACUCCCACAUCAAACAAACCAAAAACUGUUCAACCAUAGCUACCACCACCCCAUUACAGUUCCAAUUACCAAGUUUUCUUAUUUUUAUGGGGCUUCUUCUUGUUUCUUCUUCAAUUACAAAACCCACCAAGGAUUAAGCUUUUCCUUGUUCCAUUUGUUAAUUCUUCUAAUGUACUUUUUCUAGGGUUCUUCAAUUUCCUGCAUAAAUUUUCCCUGAAUUGGUGGAAAUUGUUUUACUAUUCUGUUCAGUUUCUUUUUUUUAAUCUGUCUCACUCUACUUUCCGUGUAGGAUCUGCAGAAGUUGACUCUGAAUUCAUCUUAAUUUUAUAUACCCUAGUUCCUUUUGUUCAACGUUGUUCUUUGAAUUUGUGUUUUUUUUUUCUUAAGAUGUUUAUAUAUUAGAGCCUCAAAAGCUUGUUUUUUUUUUAAUUAAAAAUAAAUAAUUUAUCCUUUUUUUAACCUUUUGCAAUCAAUCACCAACAACCCUUUCCUUGAUUUUUGCAAAAAACCUAAGAUUAAGAUUGUUGUUGUUGUUACAUUACAUGGAAUGGAAUCUAUGUAUCAAGAAGAAGGGUCUUCAUCUGUAACUUGUUCACCUCUACAGUUAUUUUCCAUGAUGUCACUUUCACCUAGCAUAGGAGGAAUAGGAUCUCCAUAUCCAUGGCUUAGUAGAGAAUUGAAAUCUGAAGAAAGGGGUUUGUAUUUGAUCCAUUUGUUACUAACUUGUGCAAACCAUGUAGCUUCUGGUAGUCUUGAAAAUGCAAACACAACACUUGAACAGAUUUCUCAGCUUGCAUCUCCUGAUGGAGAUACUAUGCAGAGAAUUGCUGCAUAUUUCACUGAAGCACUUGCUGAUAGGAUACUCAAAACUUGGCCUGGACUUCAUAGAGCCUUGAAUUCGACGAGAAUUAUCAUGCUUUCUGAAGAAGUUAUGGUUCAGAAGUACUUUUUUGAGCUUUUCCCUUUCUUGAAGGUUGCAUAUAUUUUGACAAAUCAAGCUAUUGUUGAAUCUAUGGAAGGUGAGAAAAUGGUUCAUAUUAUUGAUCUAAAUGCUGCUGAGCCUGCACAAUGGAUUGCUCUUUUACAAGUUUUGAGUGCUCGUCCCGAAGGUCCUCCUCAUUUGAGAAUCACAGGUAUUCAUCAACAGAAAGAGGUUUUGGAUCAAAUGGCUCAUAAGCUUUCUGAAGAAGCUGAAAAAUUGGAUAUACCAUUCCAAUUCAAUCCUGUUGUUAGCAAGCUAGAGAAUCUCGAUUUCGACAAACUUCGUGUUAAAACCGGCGAGGCACUUGCAAUAAGUUCUAUUCUGCAAUUACAUUCCCUUUUAGCUUUGGAUGAUGAAUCAUCAUCCUCAAGGAGAAAAAGUCCUCUUCUGUCAAGAAACUCAAAUGGACUUCACCUACAAAAAGUUAUGCUUAUGAACCAAAGCGCGUCAUUAGGUGAUUUGCUUGAAAAAGAUAUGGCUAAUGGAUAUACUCCAAGUCCCGAUUCAACAUCCUCUUCGUCGCCAGCAUCUUCAAAUGCUUCAUUAAAUGCCGAGAGCUUUCUCAAUGCCUUGUGGAGUUUGUCGCCGAAAGUCAUGGUUGUAACCGAACAGGACUCUAAUCACAAUGGUUCGACUCUGAUGGAGAGGCUGCUUGAAGCUCUAUAUUCUUAUGCAGCAUUAUUUGAUUGUUUGGAAUCAACUGUGUCAAGAACAUCACUAGAAAGAUUUAAGAUUGAGAAGAUGCUGUUUGGUGAAGAAAUCAAGAACAUUAUUGCUUGUGAAGGAGCUGAAAGAAAAGAAAGACAUGAAAAGCUUGAUAAGUGGUUUAUGAGACUUGAUUUGUGUGGUUUUGGUAAUGUGCCUUUAAGUUAUUAUGGUAUGUUGCAGGCAAGAAGGUUUCUGCAGAGUUAUGGUUGUGAGGGAUACAAAAUGAGAGAAGAAAAUGGUUGUGUAGCAAUUUGCUGGCAAGAUAGGUCAUUGUUUUCAACAACAGCUUGGAGAGCUAGGAAGUGAUUAACAAUCAUGAUUGGUAGAGUAUUGAGAGGGUUUUAGUUUUUGUUUUUCUUUGUUUGUAUGAAAGAGUUCACAAAUAUGGUAAUAUGAGUAUUCACCAUUAUCAGUUUAGAGAUACUUGUAUUUUCCUACUUGACAUUGCUACCCUAUUUGAUUGCUCAUGAACUCCUAUACUCUAACCUCUAUGGUGCUAGUUGAAUGUAUAUGAGCUAUUUUUCUCAUUUUACUUGUUCAAUGUAAGUUUAUUACUAUCAUCUUGGAAUGCAUAGUAGUAUAUGCAGUCA